AAUCCAGAGUUAAUCCAUAAUGCCUACUUAUGACCAUGCUAGGACUUGACAUUUUUUCCCCCUAAAAACAGUGGGAGAGGUUGGGCAAUUUGGGACAGUGGAUUGUUUGUUUUUGUCUUUCGAAACAAGGUUUCUUAAGUGUAACCAGUCCUGGCUGACCUGGAUUCUCUUUGUAGUCCAGGCUGGCAAGCGCUCUACCACUGAGCUAAAUCCCCAACCCCCAACUCAGGAAUCUUGCUGAAAGUAAAGGAGUGCUGAGAUUAAAGGUGUGUGCCAACACUCCCUGCUGAGAGCAGAUUUUUUUUUAAGAUUUAUUUUACUUAUAUGGGUACACUGUUUCAGACACACCAGAAGAGGGCAUUGGAUCCCAUUACAGAUAGUUGUGAGCCACCAUGUGGUUGCUAGGAAUUGAACUCAGGACCAGUUAGGAAUUGAACUCAGGACCUCUGGAAGAGUAGUCAGUACUCUUAACCCCUAAGCCAUCAUCUCUCCAGCCCCUGAGAGCAGAAUCUUAAAAAGACAGGGAGGAACCUCUUUCUAGCUCCAGAGUUGAGGGCUCCUUCGUGUGCAUCUGAGAGGAAGCAGUGGCUAUGUAGACUAGAGAGCAUCUAGGGUUGGGUAGUGAGAGGGGCUCACAAUUCCUCUAGGUCUCUAGUGGUAGGCACUCACUCCUUUGCCAGCUUCGCUCUUCUGGUUUCCGACAUUUCUGAAAAAGCCAGUAUGUAAAUUGUUAAAGGCAAUGUCAAGACUUGGCCAAGUAAGGAGGUCAUGACCUAGGACAGAGGUCUGAGUGCUGGGUGCUAGGGAGCCUAAGGCAGUCAUAUCCUUUUUUUUUUUUUUUUCUCUCCAGAGCUGAGGACUGAACCCAGGGCCUUGUGCUUGCUAGGCAAGCACUCUACCACUGAGCUAAAUCCCCAACUCCCAAGGCAGUUAUAUCCUAACUUUGGCAAUUUAGCAAAACCCUGUCUCAAAAAACAAACAAACAGGGGGCUGGAGAGAUGGCUUAGUGGGUAAGAGCACUGACAGCUCUUCCUAGAGGUCCUGAGUUCAAAUCCCAGCAACCACAUGGUGGCUCACAACCAUCUGUAAUGAGAUCUGGUGCCUUCUUCUGGUAUGCCUUAAGACAGCUACAUUGUACUUACAUAUAAUAAAUAAAUCCUUGAAAAAAAUCUUAGAAAAACAAAACAAAACAAAAACAACCAAAAGUCAGCAAAACAAAAAACAAAACAGGGGUUGGGGUUUUGCUCAGUGGUAGAGCGCUUGCCUAGCAAGCGCAAAGCCCUGGGUUCGGUCCCCAACUCCGGAAAAAAAGAAAAAAGAAAAAAAAAAAGAAGUUUAAAAACAAAAAACAAAAAACAAAGCAACCAAAAAAGGACCCAGUAAUUGAUUCAAAUUGUCUGUUGGUGCUGUACUAUACUGUACUGUAGCCUGGGGCGAAUUCAAAGAGCAAGCUGUUACCUGGCAGGAGGUCACAGCAGGGUGGGGGGAAGAGGCCGAGGAGCAGGUGAAGUUGAGAUGGCAGACACUUUGAUGAUGGAACUCCCUAUAGCUUUUCUUCCCUGGGCUAAGGAAAGAAAGAAGCCCCAGGUAGUUGUUUCAGAACAGCCCAGCCGUGUACAAAGGACUUCCUUUCUUCCUUCCACCUGCCCAGGUUUGCCCCUCCUCUUGGCAGUCUUCCUGUGAUGAAUCCUCUCCUUUUCUGUGUUUGAAGAACCAGGAAACUAAACUGUUUCCUGGAGUGUGAAUGCUUUGCAGGGACUCCACUUAGGGCAGUGUUGGGGAAUUCCACUUCACUUCUUCCGGAUGCUCGGAACUCCUUCAAGCACCCGGUGGGAGGCCAUUCAUAAUCAUGGCAAGUCCAAGACACCCAGUAUCAGCCCAUGCUGUAGCCCUGGUGCAGAUGGAACGGCUCCAGGUAGACCAUACUGCCCCAGUCCCUCACCCCUGCCCCGAUUGUCUCCAAAGAGGCAAAAGGGAGCUGGCAAAGUUGAAGGAGAUGUCGCCUCUACCAUUCCUCACACAGACGUUUGCCUUCUCUGUGUGCUGGUCAGACAACAGUGACACCUUUGCUCGCAGGAGCUGGGAGGAGUUUAGGCAGCUCCAGAAGACCCUUAAGAAAAUCUUCCCAGUGGAGGCAGGCCUGCUUCAGAGAUCUGAACGAGUUCUUCCCAAGCUUCCUGAUGCUCCAUUGUUGACACGUCGGGGACAUACUGGCCGAGGCCUGUUACGUUUGCGGCUGCUGGAAACCUAUGUACGGUCACUGCUGGCAACCUCACAGCACAUAGUGACGAGCUCAACACUCAAUAGCUUCUUUGCACCCAAACCUCUGGAUCUGGAGCCCAUGCUGCCUCCUGGCAGCCUGGUGAUCCUGCCCACCCCAGAGGAGCCCUUAUCCCAACCUAUAGGCAGCCUUGCCAUUCAUAGCCUGGAGGCUCAGAGCAUGCGCUGCUUACAGCCAUUCCACACUCUUGACACAAAAGACAGACCUUUCCACACUCAGGCUAAAGAAAUUCUGGACAUAUUACUACGGCAUCCUUCAGGCUGGUGGCUGGUGGAGAACAAGGACCAGCAGACAGCCUGGUUUCCAGCUCCCUACCUGGAGGAGAUAGCAACAGGCCAAGGCCAGGAGUCGGGCAUGGCUGUUCAAGGAAGUGGGAGGCAGUUCUGUGCUACCCAGGCCUAUGAGGGCAGUCGCCCUGAUGAGCUAUCCGUGCCCUCAGGAGCACGUGUACAUGUGCUGGAAACCUCAGACCGAGGCUGGUGGCUGUGCAGGUACAGUGAGGUAUAAUGGCCAGACAGGCCUGCUCCCUGCAGUGUUGCUGCAACCUGAAGGGCUGGGUUCCCUCCUGGGCAGGCCAGGGCUCCCAGACAGUGGUGGGGCAGACAAGGUGACUGAGGGCAGGACUGUUCCCCCUGUAGUACCAACUCGCCCCUGUAUGAGUGCCAUCCAGAGCAGAUGCUGCUCCAUCACCCGCAGGGCAGUGGGACAGGAACAACGGACCCAAGUUCCCCCUUGAGGAUUUGUAUGGCCCUGCAGAGAGGCUGUACUGUCAAAGCCAACCUCAAGCAAAGCAGGGACGAGGGUGUGGCUCUAUGACUGGCAGGGCCAUGGGCCAGUCAACUUUCUAUUUCCUCUAAAUAAAACUGGAAUGACUUCA